CAUUGAGUUACAUCAGUUUUAUCCAACUUUUGUGGACAACGAUCACCUUAUUUCAACAAAAAGAAACUGGAUAAUUCUGAAUUUUGUACGUUAAUAACAAAUCUGAAUUUGCUUGCAUAGCAUUGCAAAUUACACCAUCUCUUUUCUUCUCUUCUUAGUCUUCGUUGCCGAGGCAGAGAAAGAGAUAGGGACGGAGUUUCUGGCUUGUGUUCUUCGUCAAAAUUCUCCGCCCAACAAAAAUUCUAUACUUUAUCUUUAUUCCUCAAUUCGAUAUCUUGUUUGGCUUGGUCUUCGUUGUUCCCGUUGAAAUAUUCAUUUUCAUCUAACUUGGUUUAUGUCAUCUCAUAAAUUCGUAUAUUCUUGCACGCCCAUUUGUUACUAAUCAUCUCUAUUCUUAUAAAGCUUCCAAAGCUUCAAUUCUAAGCAGAGAAGCAGUUCCUAACAUUAGUUUUAAGAUUCAUGGGUAGAGGUAGGUUGCAAAUGCAAAGGGUUGAAUCUGGUUACAAAGAUGUAUCAAUAUGUAGUUCUGGAAUCAAGUUUGAAUGGGAUUCACUUGAGGGUAAAGUUCAUCCAAGUGGCUUAUUUGCAAGCGUUGGACAAGCAGGAUUUGGCUUCGGGAUUUCACCAAAUCCUCCAACAGCAAGUACUAGAGACAACAGCACCAAACCUCCGUUGGCAAAUUCUUCCAUGAAGUAUGUUUUAAUGCCUGAAGCUGGUUUUAAACCCACGGGGUUUCAAGGGUUGUUGAGUGGUGAGGCUUUCAAAGUUGAUGAGGAAGGCCAUGACAUGAAGAGGGAAAAAAAGUUGAGAGGGUUUAAAUUGAAGUUUAAGAUUGGGAAUCCAUCAUUGAGAAGGUUGAUGAGUGGGGCAAUUGCUGGUGCAGUGUCAAGGACUGCAGUGGCACCCUUGGAGACCAUAAGGACCCAUUUGAUGGUGGGGAGCUGUGGACAUAGUUCACUUCAAGUUUUUCAAUCUAUUAUGGAGACUGAUGGAUGGAAGGGCUUGUUCAGAGGCAAUUUUGUGAACAUCAUCCGAGUUGCACCAAGCAAGGCCAUUGAGUUAUUCGCGUAUGACACAGUCAAGAAGCAAAUAUCUCCUAAACAUGGAGAACAGCCAAAACUCCCAAUUCCUGCCUCAUCAAUUGCAGGUGCUGUUGCUGGUUUUAGCUCUACCCUAUGUACAUACCCUCUUGAACUACUCAAAACUCGUCUCACCGUCCAGAGAGGGGUGUACAAGAACUUACUAGAUGCAUUUGUGAGAAUUAUCAAAGAGGAAGGUCCGGCAGAACUGUACAGAGGCCUGACCCCUAGUCUGAUUGGUGUAAUCCCUUAUGCUGCUACAAACUAUCUUGCUUAUGACACACUAAGAAAAGCUUACAAGAAAGCUUUCAACAAGGAGGACAUAGGGAAUGUCAUGACUCUUCUAAUUGGAUCAGCUGCUGGUGCUUUUUCAAGCAGUGCAACGUUUCCACUUGAGGUGGCACGCAAGCAUAUGCAAGCUGGGGCUCUAAAUGGAAGACAAUAUAGUAACAUGCUUCAUGCCCUCAUCAGUAUACUUGAAAAGGAAGGGGUGGCUGGUCUAUAUAGAGGUUUAGGACCAAGUUGUUUAAAAUUAGUUCCUGCUGCUGGUAUUUCUUUCAUGUGCUACGAAGCUUGCAAGAGGAUACUUGUUGAACAUGAACAAGAUUAGUAACAAGUGGAUCACUGCAGAUUCUUUCUACGGGAUUUGUUGGUAUUGAUUUUGUUUAGGAAGAGGGAAAUAAUUUGUUGAGCUAAUUUUUGGUUAUGCAGAUUUUGCUUUUCCUUGCAUAUUUGAGCAUCUCAACCAGGGUUGUAUUGAUCACGUAGACACUGAUUUAUUUUGUUAUCAUAGUCUUCCAUAUGGUCUGGGCUGAGAAUACACAAACUUGUAAGAGUUGUAUUACUUUCAAUGUUGUGACAACGCGUGGUUACAGAAUUACAUA